CUUCAGGUGAUCAGAUGUCUUCACUUCUGCUGCUUCUUUUGCUGGUCAAAACAACCUUGAGGUGCUUGUGGUGAGCGUGGGUCGGUGGUGAGUUGGGUGGGGUCUGGGGAUGCGAAAUGGAAUGCAAAGUGAUGUCGAACGACCCUGUGAAUCCCCACAAAUUAUUCCAAGGCACCUCGAGAUCUUUCCACAGGUUCGGUCGACGCUGUGAUGGCUACUACAACUCAACCCCAACGGCCCUCUAACCAAGAAAUUGUGAAUACGGUUCGGACACUGGGCGACGAAAUUCGAGCGAUCGCUUCCAAGGCCGGUCAAUUGGAACGAGACUCGGAAGAACACUCAGUGGUGGUCGAGACCUUGAAAAAAACAGAUCCAGGACGAAAAUGUUUCCGGAUGAUCGGAGGGGUGAUGAUCGAAAGAACGGUGAAAGAGAUCUUACCCGACUUGGAAGAACACCGCUCAAAUAUCAACGACGCCUUGAAAACCCUCCUCUCUCAAUAUCAAGCUAAAAACACCGAGAUGCAGGAUUAUCAGAAAAAAUGGAACGUCAAAGUCACCGUUACUCCUUGAUCAUUUACAAUGAACUCGAACCAACUUAUUGUUCAAGCGACUUGAAAACGAUAAAAAUCGCAAUGCUGGUUGUCUUCUCACAGCUCUGGCUCUCAAUUACUGCUACUUGGCUUGCCCAACUCAAACUAUGCCACGUCGCACCGUUCAUGUGAAGUACAAAGUGCAUCUUCAAAAUGUAAACUUAGUUCCCGCAAAAUAUCAUCAACAUGAAUUGAAUCAGUUCCUGGUCUGUCAAUUGGAUCCUGUAUCCUCUUUGAUAUAACUCGAUUCAAGGAUGGAUGGAGAUUUUAUUCAACAGAUGCUUUAACUUAUGCUGUUCUUGUUGACCAUCACAGCCUGAACUAGCUCAGUCUAAUCGAAUUGAAAGAUUUAUGUAACAUCAAUGCAGAGGUAAGAUAGAGUAGAAAGACGUGCAACACGGCCAUCAAAACU